AUGAUAUCAACAACAUCAUUUGAACAAGAGAAAGUGGUAGAAUCCACAAUCGAUCAACUGAGUACCACAAGUAGUAGUAAUGAGGAAAUAGUAAUCGAAAGAAUAAAUGAGGAUCAAGCAUGGAAUAUAAGACACAUUGUAAUGUAUCCAGAAAUGCCAUUCGAUUUCAUAAAGAUGGAUACCGAUCCAGAUUCGAUACACUUUGGUCUACACCUUAAAUCCGGUGAUAAUAAGAUAUUGAUUUCCGUCAUUUCUUUAGUUUUAACAAAUUUAAAAGAUGGUGAUGUUCAAUUUAGAAAAUUUGCAACACUAGAGCAAUACCAAAGAAAAGGUUAUGGCUCUAAAUUGAUGUUUUUUACAGUGGAACAAGCGAAGCAGAUGGGUUGUAAAAGACUAUGGUGUAAUGCUAGGUCUGCCAAAUCACCUUUUUACAACAACUUUGGAUUCAAAACUACUGGUUCUUCAUGGAACAAAAAUGGAUAUGAUUAUAUCAUAAUGGAGUCAUUUCUUUAA